AUGGGCCGGCUGUGCGGCGACCUUCUGCCGGCGUUCCUGCCCGGACUGCUGCGGCCGCGUCGCUGCGCCGGGCCGGCCCUGCUGUGGCCAGAGGAGGCAGCGGCCGGCGGCGCCCGGGCCUGCAGCUCCGCCGCCGCCCCGGACAGCCUCGAGGGCCCAACGCGCCAGCGCUCCUACUGGCGCUACGUGAGGCGCCUGGUGCUGGGGGCGCCGCAGCCGCCCUUCUCGCACGUGUGCCAGGUCGGCGACCCAGUGCUGCGCACCGUCGCGGCCCCGGUGGAGCGGGCACAGCUGGCUGGGCCCGACCUCCAGCGGCUGGUGCAGCGGUUGGUGCAGGUGAUGCGGCGCCGGCGCUGCGUGGGGCUGAGCGCGCCGCAGCUGGGGGUGCCCCUGCAGGUCCUGGCUCUGGAGCUCCCAGAGGCGCUAUACCGCGCCUACGCGCCCCGGGUGCGCGAGCUGCGCCAAAUAGAGCCCUUCCCUCUGCGUGUGUUCGUGAAUCCCAGCAUGCGGGUGCUGGACAACCGGCUGGUCACCUUCUCCGAGGGCUGUGAGAGCGUCGCUGGUUUCCUGGCCUGUGUGCCCCGCUUCCAGGCCGUGCAGAUCUCAGGGCUGGACCCCGGAGGGGAGCAUGUGGUGUGGCAGGCGAGUGACUGGGCAGCCCGCAUCGUCCAACACGAGAUGGACCACUUGCAGGGUUGCUUGUUCAUUGACAAAAUGGACAGCAGGACAUUCACAAACGUCCACUGGAUGGAGGUGAAUGACUGAGGCUUUCUGGCUGGAGCAGAAGAGUCUGAAGACCAAGAAGCAAACGCUAUGGUUUUGAUCUGGGUGUGUCUUACUUGGCAUCAACUUCGUAUUGAUUUGACUCUGACAGGAAGUGGUGAUGUGCCAAAGCAUGCCAAACUGAGCUGGAGGAAGAUGCUAGAAAUGUUUGCCUGAAAUCAGCUAUGGACAAAAUAUGCCAACAAGUUGAGAAGAAAAAUACCUGCCCCCAAAGGAAUAGAUGUUUCCUGACAAUGUUGUCUGGAGAUAAAUGGGGCAAGUAGAUUCAUUCUCAGUAGAAAUGAGUUCAUGAGACCUGUAUAACUAUGCUCUGAACCAAGAUUUGAUAAUAAUGUAGUCCCCAGAUCUCUGAAAGCUGUGUUUAAAUAUGCAGGGA